AUGCUUCGAGAGUCAGUUAAUGGUCGUCUUCAAGUGAUCAUGAUGGAUGUUGGCGCCAACAACUCCGUCAACAAUUCGACAUCAUUCUCAAGAAAAUACCUUUUUUUGCCUUUUGAUGGUCGUGUGAAGACGGUUAUGUUUAUUGCGAUGGGUGUUCUUUGUGUCUAUGGGACCGCAGCUAACUCACUGGUCCUCUACCUCAAGAAGAAGCAGAGAGAUARACWAAGAAAUCCGAGAAAGCCUUUUUAUCGAAAUUUGUUGGCAGUUUUUAUUCAAAAUUUGUCGGGCUGUCACAUUCUGUUCUGCAGCAUAGCGUUCCCUGCACAAGUGAUGUUAAACUUUAUCGACGUUACGAGCAGCAACUGGCUGUGUAAGCUGUCAUGGUUUCUUAGACUCCUUUUUCCAAUCAUAACUCUAAACCAUCUUUUGGUACUAGCCAUCGAGAUCUACUUGUCUAUAGUCCAUCCUCUCGUGGUGCCUUCUGCUCGUGUCGCCAAGAGGCUAGCAGUGGCCACCUGGGUUGCUGGAGGUCUUGUCGUACUUAUGCCAAGCGCUACGUUUACCUGGAAGCUCCAAACCACUGGACAUCUCAGCUACACUCUGAUGUGUCUCAUCGACAAUACGGUUUUCGUAUACAAACUACUAGUCCUGGUCUUCGUUGUAAUAAAUAUAAUACUGCCGACCCUCGUUUUGGUUUUUUUAACAUACCGCAUUUUCACAUAUUUGCGAAGGAAAGACGCUUCGCGGGUUUCAAAUCUCCAUUCGCAGAGGAAAGUGCCUGGCAACAGCAAUGCAAGAGCGAUUGUAAAUCUAAUCUUAAUCUUUUUCUUGCCGUACGGUCUAUUUUUGUUUGCAUCGAUCUCGAAAUCAGCACUCAAGACUGUCCAAGAAGAUUUCGCAAUGCAGUACUUAUUACUGCUUGUAAGCAGUGUGUUGGCGUAUUCAAAUGCGGCUAUUUGUCCCACCAUCCURUUAAUUAGACAGCCUGAUCUUCGACAGUCUUUCAAAUAUAAUAUCAAAUCCAAGUUCAUUUCUUUAAAACUGAACCGACUCAAAGUACCACCCAAAUCUAGUGCGAUUAUUGAAGUCAAUGUACAAGCAGAAAGGAAUAUGUUUGCCGAUUCAGGUUUACAAAAACAACUUGAAAUGGCUGAAAUGUCAAGUUUCACAGAUAUGAGAGAUGCAAGAGCUAAUAAGUGGAAUAUUAGCUAA